CCAAGUCCGACAUUUCGGCUUCUCGUGCGGUUGUCGUCCAUGUCCUCCCCGGUUGUUGUAACCCGUCCUUGUCCCCCCAAUGCUGCAGCUUGAUACACUCCUCGUAGAUGCACCUACACAGCAAAUCAAUCAUACCAUUGAUUAAUACACACACAAAGCAUCAAAAUACGAUAAACUGCCUCUCCGCAACGCAACUCCCCUUCCGCAUAGUAAUCAAUCAAUCAAUCCAUACCCAUGACUUACACAAACAUCGCUCCAUCUACCUACCCCAUCCGUCCAAACCUCCCGCCCGUCAUCCAUCCACCCGUCCCAUCUGGGCUCCCUCACCUCAACAGCCAACACACACACAUACACACAUACGCGUCCGUUAUACGUGUUUUCUUGUCCAGCUCACCCACUCGCCCACGCCAACGCUCAGCUGAGACUCACCACCCCAUCUCUGCAUAUCAAUAGUCCGAAAACCAUCUAAACAUCAAAUCAGGUACCUAUCACUCAAAAACGCCACCCAAUUUUGGGCCGCACCGCCACCACGCCACGCCACGCCAAGGCCCGCCCCAACAACAUUGAUGUCCC